AUGGGCUUUGUGCAUAAGCCAAACCUUUGUCCCACUUGUGAAUGCAAAAAAAUCCAAGGUCCUUGCCAACAGACUAGGCAGAAUCGCUCUCCCUGGUGGUUCUGGCGCUGUUCGUUCUGGAGUUGUCAGACGCGGCUGCCGUUUCUGAAUAAUAGUGCCUUCGUUGGUCUUCGACUCCAACCAAAGACACUGGUUCAGCUGAUUCUUCACUAUGCCUCGUCGAGCUUGACCAAGGUUGUGACCCGAGAUGAUCUAGUUCAAGCAGUCAAUGUUGGAUGGCAGCAAGGGCAACAUUUCCUAGAUGUGUUGACAACGCAAGAAGCUGAAGCAGGGGAACUGUUCUGCAAAACGGCUGUGUUGAGCCGAAGCAUCGAAUGCGAUGCUACGGGUCUGGGUCGUUAUUAUGUCAAGAGAACCAACCUCUUGAUGGCGGACCAGAUUCAACAGCUGGAAGACAAAAAAAAGUCGCAAUGCAAAGCUUAUCCGUGUCACAUCCGCUUGCUGGGCCUGCACGAACGUGGAGGUGCUUUUGUCGCAGCUUUUCUGCGACCACGAGUUGCUUUGCCGAAAAGCCGACCGCCAGUAGAAGCAUGGGAUGAGAUUCGGUCGUCCGGCUUGUUGGACAGAGUUUCUCACCGAGGCAAAAGAGCUUUGUACAGUGAUGGUGCACGAGCUUGGAUGACUGCUGGCAAACAUCUGGGCAUCAAAUGCUAUCAGGUGUCACACCAGCGAAAAGAGUUUUGCCGCUCUCUCUCCGAAGUUGACCCCAAGCUUUCAAAGAAAGCUGGAACACAAGUCAUUGACAGAAAGUGGAAGGCAUUGAAAGACUUUUUGCCAAGCAACUACCACCGAAAGAUCAAUGGCCCACAUGGCAGCCAAGUCAACCCUCGGAUGAGACAGCGUGUCUUUCAGUUUUGCUGGCGCAAUUCGCUGAAAUGGCCGAGCCCAGCACAAUUCUUAAAACAACUGGCAAAGUUGCAAGGAAAAAAUUGCAGCGGCGUUAGUUUUCAGGGUGCUGAAAAAUAG